AGUUUCAGAAAAACGUCCCCAACUCACAUCUACCGUUCUUCUCUCUAAAGACAACCAUAAUAAAACACAAUAUCUCAAUUAAAAAACAUAAUUUCGGUUAAGAAGGUGGAACGCAUGAGCUAACAACCAAACUAACAAAUACCGCACCAAACAAAAACUAAAAAACGAAAUCAAACGGAAUUUAAUUACUAAUUCCAAGUUUCCAACCCUUAAAAUAAAUUAUUUAAAUCGCUUAGCGCAACAAUUCACAGCUUGUGCUUUUAUGUUGUUUCCCUAACAAAAAUUAAAUAAAUAGAAGCAUCUUUCUGUUCUUUUAUUUCACCGCCAUUCAUUUCAUUGACGUAUAGGGCUUGCGUAUCAUUGUUGCUGUUCUUCUUCCUUUCUCUGCUUGCAGUUGUUGCAGUUGUUGCAGUUGCAGAGGUAGGAGGGCGGCGCUGAUUGUGUUGUGUGGUUUAGAGGAUGAAGGAUUUCAAUUCGGAUCUAUUUGACCCGGGAAUGGUGAUGGAUUCUUCCUCCUCCGAUUACUCUCGCAGUGCUUCCUCUUCCGACGCCGAUUUCGGGUUCGCUUUCAAUGACAGUAAUUUCUCCGACAGGAUCCUCCGAAUCGAGAUCAUGGGGGACCCCGUCGAGGCCCGACCCGACUCCGAGGGUUGCACCACCAUCGCCGACUGGGCUCGCCACCGCAAGAGGAGACGCGAGGAUAUCAAGAAGGAUAACGUUGUUGAUCUUACUUUAUUGCCCGACGAGCAAAUUUUGAAUGAAAAUCAGCCUGAUAUGGACGAUUUUGUACCCUCUGAGAAUCAAGAUGAAGAUGCGGUUGCAAUGGUUGAAGAACCCCCUUCAGGUGAUGAGGCGGCAAAUAGCAAUGAUUCAAAUUGGAAUAUGGAUUGCUCUGCAGUUGUGAGAGUUAGAACACUACACAUCAGUUCUCCUAUUUUGGCUGCUAAAAGUCCUUUCUUCUACAAGCUUUUCUCAAAUGGAAUGAGGGAGUCAGAGCAGAGGCAUGUCACCCUAAGAAUUAAUGCUUCUGAGGAAGCUGCUCUUAUGGAGCUUCUGAAUUUUAUGUAUAGUAAUACCUUGAGCAUUACUUCACCACCUGCUUUAUUGGAUGUGUUGAUGGCUGCUGACAAAUUCGAAGUUGCUUCCUGUAUGAGAUACUGUAGCCGAUUAUUGCGGAAUAUACCUAUGACACCUGAGUCUGCAUUGCUUUACCUUGAGCUUCCUUCUAGUGUCUUAAUGGCUGAUGCAGUUCAACCAUUGACUGACGCAGCAAAGCAGUAUCUUGCCAGUCGAUACAAAGAUAUAACAAAGUUCCAGGAAGAGGUUAUGGGCUUGCCUCUAGCUGGAAUAGAAGCAAUAUUGUCUAGUGAUGAACUCCAGGUUGCAUCAGAGGAUGCUGUAUAUGACUUUGUGUUGAAGUGGGUCCGAACACAGUAUCCAAAACUAGAAGAGCGGAGAGAAGUCCUGGGUACACGACUUGCCCGUUUAAUUCGCUUCCCUUACAUGACCUGUCGAAAACUUAAGAAGGUCUUAACCUGCAAUGACUUUGACCAUGAUGUUGCAUCCAAGCUUGUACUCGAAGCCCUCUUUUUCAAGGCUGAGGCUCCACACCGCCAGCGGAUACUAGCUGCUGAGUCUGCUUCCUUCAAUCGACUUUUUGUGGAGCGGGCAUACAAGUAUCGCCCUGUUAAGGUGGUGGAAUUUGAACUUCCGCGGCAGCAGUGUGUGGUUUACUUGGAUCUGAAGCGGGAGGAGUGCACCAAUUUGUUCCCAUCUGGCCGAGUAUAUUCACAGGCAUUCCAUUUAGGUGGACAAGGGUUUUUCUUAUCAGCACAUUGCAACAUGGACCAACAGAGCUCUUUCCAUUGCUUUGGCCUGUUUUUAGGAAUGCAGGAAAAGGGCUCAGUUAGCUUUGCCGUUGACUAUGAGUUUGCUGCUAGGUCAAGGCCAACAGAGGAAUUUGUUAGCAAGUACAAAGGCAAUUAUGUAUUCACUGGGGGAAAGGCCGUCGGAUAUAGAAACUUGUUUGCAAUUCCAUGGACAACGUUCAUGGCUGAAGAUAGUCUUUACUUUAUCAAUGGUGUACUUCACCUUAGAGCUGAGCUCACCAUCCGACACUGACUGGGAUUUAUACGUGUAAACCUUUUCUUCUAGUCGGUAGCUCUGACUUUUUUUGGGCAAUGUGUCUCAUUUUCAGAUAACCUGCUGUAAUAUUCAGGCAAUGUGCACUAGGUGGCUAGUGCUGGAUGUGAGAUCAAAUGAAUUGCAAUGACUUUACUUUUUCUUUCACUUAGAUUUACAAGAUUUUGAGUAGCUACAGGAAGGACAGUUCUCGUUUCUUUGGUGGUUUCAUUUUAACAACCGAAAAUACAAGUUGGAACAACUUAAGUUU